CCACGUGAGCGAUGUAAACAUGGCCUCUCAACUUUGGACAGUCUCAGACAGCAAGCAAGAAAUGCAUCACAGGAAGACAUUGAUAAGUUGUGUAACAACAUACUGGAGAUGAUGUGCACGCCAGAAAGGUCUGGGGAGCUCAGUGGGAUGCUGCGGCAGUUAUGCUUCAUACUCCAGGCAUCUGAGGAGGAGCCUUUCAUUUCCACCAAGCUGCUGGUGUCAUUACUGUCAGCAGUGAGUCCAGCAGGAGCGAAGUCGAACCCCCGUCAGUGUUUGUUGUGUCAGCAGAUUGUGUCAGAGCUACUCCCCUGUGAUGGAGACUGUGCCAAAACUAUCCAGCCAUUGGACAAAUCUCACGUGAACAAAGACCACCUACCUUUCUACAUACUACAGGGCGAGGGGUUUGGGUGUUUGGACCACAGUUUUUCUGAGGCUGUGAGGUGGUUGAGUACCAGGGGAGUUGACCUUGACACUCAGAGAAAGGCCUUCACCUUCCUCGUCUCCCUGUCAAUGCUACAUACCAAGCUUGCAUCAGACAAGAUAGUUCUGAAGACAAGUGAGCAGCUGUCCAAGUGGCUGGUGUCCGCUUCCCGCUAUCAGGCUCCCAAUCCUUACACCAAGAACCCUUUCCGUAAAGAUGAGUCCAACCUCGUCACCGAAGUAGAUGGCACUCCAAGUCGCAAUUUCUUUACAGUUCUGAAUAUAGGGCAGUACUUCACAGACGACCAGUUCCUGAACAUCUACACGUUCUCACUACUGUACCGCUGGCUGUACCACAACAACAUCAACUGUGGUGAUGGUGAGGCCACAGAUGCUGACAGCAGCAAGGAUCGGGAGACUCCUUUGUCUAUGUUGGCGACAGAUUCUCCACAGAGCUCUCCACGGAGAGAUGGAACUUCCCCAUCAUUUGCGUCUCUUGAUUCCCCAUCGCGAGGGACAACACCCGUUAGUUCUCUCGACUCAAGUGACCAGUUUUCAUCAAUGAUUUCCGAAUCCCCUCAAAGAGGGAGUGCCCAGUUUUCAUCAGUGAUUGCCGAAUCCCCUCAAACAGGAAGUGCUCAGUGUUCAUCAAUGGCUGGGGAAUCCCCUAGAAGAGGGAGUGCUCAAGUUUCAUCAAUGAUUACUGAAUCCCCUAGGAGAGGGAGUGCUCAGCUUUCAUCAGUGACUGGUGACUACUCUCGAAGAGGGAGCAUUCAGCAGUUGUCAAUGAGAAUUGGCACUCCGGACUCGCAAGACAAGGGGAGACAAUCAAAGGUGUUUGGGUCCCUGUCCUCGCGCACCGUUGACUACUGUUUCCGUGUGCUGGACCAGUGUGAAAGAAAGCCAAAGGUUAACACUGAUGCUGAACUGCAGAUUGCUUGCUUGGUUGAGGCAGUGACUGUCCUUGACCUCAUCUGUGAGCUGGAUGAAGGUCAUGUUCCUCGUGUGCACCAGGAAGUGAAGCGUCUGUAUGCUCGCGUGUCAUCUGAAGCCCAAUAUGCACCCAUUGUACUGCAGAUAUUGCAGUUCUUUGUUAACCACAGUAGCGCUGUGGUCCAUGACCCUGGAGAUACAUACCUGCACUACUUCCGUAAUGUGUUGGGCCGCAACUUCCACGAUCCAGGUGUGGCAUUCGACACCAUCAGAUUUAUUCUGCGUAACCUUGAGACCCUGUGUCAUACAACCAAGGUCCUCUCUUCUUUCUUCCCCAACAUUCUGAAGAUUCUUGCCUGGCAUCCGCGGACAUUUGUGUCUGAGUUUACAGAGAUCCUGCCUGCCCUCAUGUCUCCUGCCACAGCCAUGGAGGUGUUCCACACAGUCCUUGACCUUCCAUGCGUCACAGCAGCUUUAGAGGUUAUCGAGAAAGCCAAGAAGAUUGAGCAUCUAGGUCAGGGAUCAACUGGGGAUGCGGAACCAUCCAACUCUGUGGAGGCCUUCCAGCACCCGUUCUACAGACCUCUGUUCAGCUUUGUCACCCGCUACGACGGUGGCCACGGAGACACCAUCGACAAAUUGUCGUCUCUACACAACAUCUUGUCUGACAUGAAAGCCUUACCCAGGGUGGUGGUGUGCUCCCAGACAGUGCCAGUACUAGUCAGGGUGUGGUUCUCUGUGGUGCUGGAGGAGGUGGACGUGGAGUUCGCAGGGCAGCUACUUCCUGUCAUGCUGGAGAGGUCCUCUCUGCUCUACGCUAUCCCAGAAUUCCAGAAUGACAUCAGAAGACUCUUGUCUGAGAACCUGGUUGCCCUGCUACGGAAGUACCCCAGCAUCGUGAACAACCAGUACCAGGAGAUCUCCACCUUCCUCAUGGGCACACGCGACUUCUCUGACAGGGAGGCCAUCUUCUCUAAUCUGGUGUGGUGUGUAGGUGAGCUCUGUUCCCUUCACCAUGACCCCGGCUGUACGGCAGACCUCAUCGCCAAGUAUUAUGAAACUCUUGAGGCAAUGACCUAUGAGGUGUCAGGCUUGCUGUUGUCUGCAGAACAUAGGUCGGAGGUCAGCCCGAAGAUCGUGUCAGUACUCAUCUCCGCCAUAGCCAAGCUGUCCACCAGGUGUCAGGACCUGAUACCACGCGCCAUCUUGUGUCUAACCAAAGUUGCUAAGCAACACUACAACAACGCAGUGGACCCUGAGGGCAGUGAGGCCCUAGUGAGCCGAGCCCAUGAACUUAUCAACUUGCUGAAACUGCCAAAUUUUGCGUCAGUGGUACUUAAUCCUGCAGCAGACAUCGACUCUGGAAGGUGGCAUCGUGACAACACAGCUCUCCCCAUCAUCCUGAGAGGCACCUACAGACUGCUCUGUCCUGACUCCAAGUGAUGAUGAGCAGUAGAGAUAUCAUGUUCUAUUUACAUUAACCUCUUGAAAAAUACUAGACACUGUGUGAUAUCUGCAAAAUAAUUUGCUCUUUUAAACAAAUGAGUGAAUAUAACAUAAACUGGGCGAAACUUGGACCAAAGGGACCACAAGUCAUGUCAAGGUUGAACAGAUCAUUCCAGAUAGAGAGUAAAUACAUAGUGUAUUCCUUCAAACUAGCCUCGCACACAUUUAUUUAUUUAACACUUGUGACUGUAAAACAAAGUGCAAUAUAUUUAUUUUGUUACAAACAAUUUUUCAAACUUGUUUCCUGUUCUUUGUGAAUGACACACUUGUUUCUCCAUGGGAAUGGUAAGAUAAUUUCACACACGUUAGCUUGGCUGAUGAAAAAUCGAUAAAUAAAGACUAAAUUCCACUUAAAGAAAUGUUAGUGAUCAAUUUUGGCUUAUAAUAAAAAAUGUUAGUACUAA